AUGGAGCUGAAUCUCUCUGAGAGUUGGAGCAGAUCAAUUCGUUGCAUUGUCAAACUCGGAGGUGCGGCAAUUACUCGCAAGAACGAGCUGGAGACGAUUCACGAUGAGAAUCUGGAGAUCGUUGCUUGCCAGUUACGUCAGGCUAUGAUUGAGGGUUCAGCUCCGAGCAAGGUUAUUGGAAUGGACUGGAGCAAGAAACCUGGAAGCUCUCAGAUUUCUUGUCAUGUCGAUGAAUUAGGGGAUCACGAGUCUACUGAGUUUAGCAGAUUCGUUGUGGUUCACGGCGCAGGUUCUUUUGGGCACUUUCAGGCCAGUAGAUCUGGUGUUCACAAAGGAGGACUUGAGAAACCUAUUGUCAAAGCUGGUUUCGUUGCUACUCGCAUAUCUGUCACAAGUCUUAAUCUUGAAAUUGUACGAGCACUUGCCCGAGAGGGUAUUCCCACAAUCGGCAUGUCUCCAUUUCCAUGUGGUUGGUCAACCUCCAAAAGAGACGUGGCUUCUGCAGAUCUAUCAACCGUAGCUAAAUCCAUACACUCCGGAUUUGUCCCUGUUCUACAUGGAGAUGCAGUGCUAGACAACAUACUGGGCUGCACCAUAUUGAGUGGUGAUGUUAUCAUCCGUCAUCUUGCAGAACAUUUGAAGCCAGAAUACGUUGUUUUUCUCACAGACGUACUAGGUGUCUACGAUCGACCCCCUUCAGAGCCUGAUGCUGUGCUCUUGAAAGAGAUCGCUGUUGAAGAAGAUGGAGGCUGGAAGGUUGUGAAUCCAGUGUUGGAGCACACAGACAAGAAAGUUGAAACUUCUGUUGCGGCCCACGAUACAACCGGUGGUAUGGAAACAAAGAUAUCAGAAGCUGCUAUGAUUGCAAAACUUGGAAUCGAUGUCUACAUUGUGAAGGCUGCUACGACUCAUUCACAGAGAGCCCUCAACGGCGAAUUAAGAGAUGUUGUACCUGAAGAUUGGCUUGGUACUGUCAUCAGAUUCUCAAAGUAG